GUGUUCACUGUAUACCUCGUUUUCUCAUGACGCCUAUCUUGAACAUAUCAUAACAAAACGGAACCGUGUUAAAAAUUCUUUUUCAGUUCUAAAAUCGAAUAAAUAUUUCAGAUGCAUACAAAUAUCAACUCAAAUUCAUGUCGAAUAUGCUUCGACCCAUCCCAAACUAUCGCUUCCCUGGCAGAUAUCGUGGAUGGAUAUUCACUGGCCGAUAUGCUAAGGCAAUGUGUCAAUCUGGAGAUUGACAAAAAUGAUGGAUUGCCGUACCAAUGUUGUACCAAAUGUAAGCCAGAUUUGGUUGUAGCGUUUCACAUGGUGACCCGGUGCCAUCAAUCUGAUGCCAAAUUCCGAGCAAUAAUACUCGAAGCCAAGGCCAAGGAAAGAAAUCCAGCUGAAAGUGACUUGACACCCAUAGUAACAGAGGAUGACAUCAAAAUUGAACUCAAAAUUGACGAAGAGAACCGUAUCUUUACCGAGCCAUUGUACCAUAAAGCCGAAACGCAAGCAAAAGAAGAGACACUGAAUGAAGCAAUAAAUAUCGAGGAGGAUUUGAAUAGUGAUUGUGAUAACAUCGAGGAUGAUACUUCCGAAACCGACACUGAGGAUGAUGACAGUGGAGACGCUGCGGAACGUCCAAUUAAAGAGAAAAACAGGACUCCACAGCGGUGCUGUCGAUGUAAAAUCAAGUUGACCUCAAUGGAAGAAAUAUUCCAACAUUCGAAGGCAGUUCACUUAUCUAAGCGUUGCACGGAUUCUAACAAAAUCGCUGCAAAACCGUUCGAAUGCGAUUUAUGUUUCCAAAGAUUCACUACUAUAAAAGCUAUGCGUCGACACAGGUCAUCGAUUUUCGUUAAGAACAAGUAUCAGUGCGAUGAGUGCCAGCUAAGCUUCAAGCUCGAACGAACCUUGAUGCAACAUAAAGAUUCUCACAGAAAUGUGGUUCCACCGUACGUGCGGCCACAAGAUAAACUUCCCCGGUGUUGUGCUUGCUUCAAACAGUUUGACGAUGAUGAUCUUUUGAAGAAGCAUGCAGUUGAAACGCAUCUACCGGAAAGCACAUCCAACGAAAAUCCUAAAAAGCCUUUCCCAUGUGAUGUAUGCUACAGACGAUACAAAAACCUUAACGUAUUACGAGAGCAUCAAGCAAAGCCUUACCGCAUCAAGCAAUUCCAGUGCGCAACCUGCGGACGAACAUUCAAAGAGAGAUGUUUUUUGACGGACCACGAGCGGACCCAUCGAGAGGAGAAGGGUUUCGCAUGUCCGAUAUGUCCCAAAACGUUUGCAAUGAAACUUGCGUAUCGAAGACACGUUAAAAUCCACUCACCGGGCGAGGAUCGUUUCAAAUGCGAGGUAUGCGGGAAAGGAUUCAAAGCGAACACCCUCUUGAAACGUCAUUCCAUCAUUCACAACCCCAAUCACCGGCCGAUACUGUGUACGCUAUGUCCAGCAACGUUUGCCUGGAAAACCUGUCUGCAGGCUCACAUGAAAAUGCACACUGGCGAGAAACCGCACAAGUGCGAUCAGUGUGGGGCGGCCUAUGCAUUCUCUACGGACCUGAAGCGACACAUUAUGGCCCACAAUGGCAUCAAACCGUACGUUUGCACCAUUUGCGGUCGAGGAUAUCCCAGGCAGGAUUAUCUAAGGAAGCAUAUGGCUAGCCAUGGGAAUUAGAUUCGUUGACGAUGCUUACGAAAUUAGGGAAGGAAUAGACGAUUUAUCUACAAUCCAAUCGAAUCAUUUACUAAUAAAUACUUAAUCAAUAACUAUGA